AUAACAGCGAUGAAAACCACCCAGAAAGGGUUAAUGGAUGCUAAAUUGUCGUAACUAUUGAUGUUCAAAACUUUCACUUUGUCGUUCGAUACACUUCCCCGUCCAUCGUAAUGGAUACCGGACGUGAGCCCUGCCCCUGGGUUAUUAUCACGGAUGCUGGGGGUGCAUUCAGCAUGGGCGCAAUUGGCGGCACGGUAUGGCACGGCGUCAAAGGUGCGCGCAACUCGCCGGCCGGUGAACGGCGCAUCGGCGCCGUAACAGCUAUCAAGGCGCGGGUCCCCGUGUUGAGCGGUAAUUUUGCCGCCUUUGGUGGUCUUCUUGGCCUGUAUACUUGUGCUCUCUCUGGGCUCCGUCGAAAGGAGGACCCGUGGAACAGCAUUGCCGCAGGCCUGCUGACGGGAGGGUCGCUGGCCCUGCGCAACGGCUACAAGGCUGCAAGGAACAAUGCUAUUGGUUGUGCCCUGCUUAUGUCUGUUUUUGAGGGCGUUGGUAUUGCGUUGCAGCGCGCUGCAGUAGGUAGCACGCGGCUGCACUGAGAUGCUAAUCCUUCUUUCCAAUAGACAUAAAGCGCGUUUUACUACAAUACAAAGUAUUAGUCAAUAACUAGAGAUUCACAACUUCCCCCUCGCCUAAUUUUCUCUUGGCAUCUACUGUUAGUACAAUAGGUGGGCUGCCACCAAUAUCCUUAACAGCUGAAAACCCUU